CCCCCAACUACCAUUCUAUCGUUUGGGAGAGACCUACAACGGGGAGAGAACCUCUUCGUAUUGAAAACGCCAAUGCGUCAAAGCUAUCGCUUUCUCUAUAAAAUAUAUAUAUGGAAGAGCCAAACGCACAAACCUCUGCAGAGCCUCCUCUUUCUCCUUCCGCUCCUCCUACCACGGUGCUCCCGCUAGACACCGAAAUGGCGAGAGCUCCUCCUCUGCUGGAAGAUCCCGAGGCUCCCUCCAACCCUUCCUGGUUUACACCAAAGAGGUUACUCAUAAUCUUUUGCGUGAUUAACAUGCUAAACUAUGUUGAUCGAGGAGCGAUAGCAAGCAAUGGUGUUAAUGGCAGUCUUCGAACAUGCACAGAAAGUGGUAUAUGCACUGCGGGUAGCGGAAUUCAGGGAGAUUUUAACUUGAACAAUUUUCAAGAUGGUGUUCUAUCAUCUGCAUUCAUGGUUGGGCUUCUAGUGGCGUCUCCAAUAUUUGCAUCCUUAGCAAAGAGCCAUAAUCCAUUUAGGCUUAUUGGAGUUGGAUUAUCAGUCUGGACAUUUGCUACAGCUGGUUGUGGGUUUUCAUUUGAUUUUUGGUCUAUUACCAUUUUCCGCAUGCUGGUCGGUGUUGGUGAGGCUUCAUUCAUAAGUCUUGCUGCUCCAUUUAUUGACGAUAAUGCUCCCAUUGCUAAGAAAACAGCAUGGCUUGGAGUCUUCUACAUGUGUAUACCAACUGGAAUUGCAGUCGGCUAUGUUUAUGGGGGAUUGGUUGGAGGUCAUCUAAACUGGCGUUUUGCAUUCUGGGGAGAAGCAAUUUUGAUGCUUCCAUUUGCUGUUCUUGGCUUUGUCAUAAAACCUUUGCAGUUGAAAGGUUUCCCUUCUGCUGGAACAGAGAAGUUGUCGAUUUCUGCUGAAGUGAUUAUUCCAGAAGUCGAAGAUAUCGGAAAUUCUAAAGGUGCUGUUGACAUGUUGGGUGGAAAAGCAGAGUUACAUGUUGGAGGCUCUAAGAAGUUUUCCUUGGCAAAAACUGCAGGCGAGAUUCAGAAUCAGUUUGCCAGGUUUUGGAAAGAUAUGAAAGUACUCUUGCUUGAUAAGGUUUAUGUUGUAAAUGUUCUAGGGUACAUAGCAUACAACUUUGUCAUUGGAGCUUAUUCAUACUGGGGGCCAAAAGCUGGUUAUGAAAUUUACCACAUGAGUAAUGCAGAUUUGUUAUUUGGAGGGGUUACAAUCGUGUGCGGAAUCUUUGGAACAUUAUCUGGAGGCUACAUUCUUGAUAGCAUGAACCCUACAAUCUCCAAUGCUUUUAAGCUUCUUUCUGGAGUAACUUUUCUGGGGGCGAUAUUCUGCUUCUGUGCCUUUAUUUCAAAGAGCUUGUAUGUUUUCUUGGUGCUCUUUGCAAUUGGUGAGCUGAUGGUGUUUGCCACACAGGCUCCCGUAAAUUAUGUAUGUCUCCACUGUGUCAAGCCAAGCUUGAGAGCGCUAUCAAUGGCUAUGUCUACUGUUUCCAUCCACAUCUUUGGGGAUGUGCCAUCUUCACCACUAGUUGGGGUUCUCCAGGACUACCUUAACAACUGGAGGAAGAGUGCUCUUAUACUCACAUCUGUUUUCUUCCUAGCAGCUUUAAUAUGGUUUGGAGGGAUCUUCCUUCACAGUGUGGAUAGGUACAAUGAAGACAGCCAACAUGAUAUUGCCCCAGUUGAAAGGGGGAAUCAGAUGCCACUGCUUGAUGGAAGCAGAACAGAAUUGGCAGAGUCUGCAUAGAGUGUAUAUAUUCUCCUACUUAGGCAGGUUACUAUUGGAUUGUAAUCGACACGAUCCAAGAUUUCCCAUUUGCUUCAUGUUUUUUGCCGCUGUAAAUUCCAUUUGAAAUGUAAUCAAAGUUGCAUUUGCAUUUGUCAUUUGAACCGGCUCUCGGUAGCAGCUCUCCUUUUAUCUGAUAUUCAAGGGGAAACAAGCAAAGCAGAUGAUUUUAUUUGCAGAUUGUAUAGCUAUGAACUGCAUUUGAUUCAAGCUGAUUAAUGAUUACCUGAAUGUUGACUGUGGCGUGUCUGUGCCCAUGUGCUCA